AUGAAAGAUUAUCACACAAUUGCAAGAGAAAAAGUAGUUUUGGAUGGAAUGGUAGUUGAAAAUGAUAUCUCAAAACAAGUUUGUGAUGAAGAGAUAAGCUGUGCAACUACGGCGGAUUGCAUUAGGGCACUUGAUGGUACUUAUAUUCCAAGCAAGUGUACCUAUGGAACUGGAAGGAAAGUUUCAUGGCAAAAAGGAUGGAACAACACGGAAUGUGAGUUGAUCCUCGAUGAUUAUGUUAUAGAAGAAAUUAUCACAUCAAGCCAAUCCAUGAUUAUGGAUAGAACUCAUUUAAGCAUAAGAGAGGAAAGGGAGGGGAAUAGGGAAUGGAUAGCGAAAAGAGAUGUCAUGGCAUCGGAUAUGUGGAAUGACUAUGCACGUCCUAACCAUGAGAAAUACUUAAACAAGAAAAUUGAGAUAUACAAUGAGAUGAUGCUUGUUGAGGCUCGAGCAGCCCAUAAGAUGGGCGGGCAGUAUUUUGUAUUCUUUGGGAGCAAACAGGUUUCCACAUACCAUCAUCCUUCAAGUUUUACAACGUGCCGUCGGAUAAUUAUUGUCAGAUGUGCUGUGACGCUUGUUUCCUCGGUGUCUUGCUGGAUGGUCACUGGGGAGAGACAGGCUGCACGAAUAAGAAAUUUGUACUUAGAAGCCAUUCUCAGGCAAGAAAUUGGCUUCUUCGAUAAAGAAACCAGCACUAGAGAAAUUAUUGGGAGGAUGUCGGGUGACACUAUUCUAAUUCAAGAUGCCAUGGGUGAGAAGAUGGCAUCCCGUGGGCAAACCGCUUAUUCACAUGCAGCAAAUCUCGUGGACCAGACAAUUGGUUCCAUCAGAACGAUAUGCACAAUUGGGCAAGACGUUGUGGAUCAAUGCAACAAGUCUUUGACCGAAGCUGUCAAAAAUGGAGUGCAAGAGGGCUUGGUUAUAAGAGUCGGUUAUGGUGUGUUUGCACUUAUUGUAUUCUCGACUUACGCUUUGGCUGCAUGGUUUGGUGCUAAAAUGAUUCUGAAUGAAGGAUAUAGUGGAGGGUCUCUAGGACAGUCAUCUUCUUGCUUAAGUGCAUUUGCUUCUGGACCAGCUGCAGCGUUUAAGAUGUUCGAGGUAAUUGAUCAUAGGAAAUCACAAAUAGAUUCUUACAAAACCAAUGGACGGAUGCAAGAGGAUAUUCAGGGAGAUAUAGAACUGAAGGAUAUUCAUUUCAGCUAUCCUGCAAGACUUGAUGAGCAAAUAUUCAAUGGCUUCUCUCUCACAAUACCUAACGGUGCCACUGCAGCUUUGGUUGGAGAGAGUAGAAGUGGGAAAUCUACAGUUAUUGGUUUGAUUGAGAGGUUUUACGACCCACAGGCCGACGAAGUUCUAAUAGACGGCAUUAACCUCAAAGAGUUCCAGCUCCACAGAAAAUAG